AUGUACGAAAAAACUUCAUUUCCGGAUUUGCAUCUUCAAACACGCACCAUCACUCUGAAUUCCGUCAUGCCCAAGUUGACUCUGUCCUCGCGCACCUCGCAGACAGUAGAUGCGCUUUUGCAAUAUAUCAACAGGAGCCCGAGCCCGUUUCAUGCCGUUUACGAGACUGUACAAGCACUGUCGGCCGCCGGGUUCAAACAACUUCGCGAGGAAGAUUCAUGGAAGGAAGCUGUGAAACCGAAUGGAAAGUAUUAUGUCACUCGCAAUCAGUCGGCCGUGGUAGCUUUUGCCGUCGGUGGAAAGUAUCAGCAUGGAAACGGCUUUCAUGUUAUUGGCGCACACACUGAUAGCCCAUGUCUUAAGGUUAAGCCCACUUCCAACAUCGAGUCGCAAGGCUACCUGCAAGUGGGUGUCGAAACGUAUGGCGGUGGUCUCUUUCACACAUGGUUUGAUCGUGAUCUGGGUCUAGCGGGGCGGGUUAUAGUACGCGAGAGCGACUCGAACUUUCAGUCCAAGCUCUUAUUCGUUAACCGCCCUAUUAUGCGCAUUCCAACGCUCGCAAUUCACUUGGACCACAAAGCUGCAGAAAACUUCUCCUUUAAUAAAGAAACUCACUUACGCCCCGUGAUUGCUUCUGCCGCUCGUGCCGAGCUGGAGGUAACGACUGAUUGCAAGGGGCUACCCAAGUCGAAACACGCAUCUGUGCUAUUGCAGCUCAUCGCUAAUGAAUUGAAUAUCAAGAUCGACCAAAUUUGCGACUUUGAACUGUGUCUCUUUGACACCCAAGGGGGAAAUAUUGGUGGUGCGCUCAAUGAGUUUAUCUUUUCUCCCAGACUGGACAAUCUAUGCUGCUCGUGGAUUGCCACACAAGCGCUUAUUGAAUCGUUGGAUAAUCUUGCAAACGACGAAAAUAUUCGUGUAGCCGCUUUGUUUGACAAUGAAGAGGUGGGAUCACAGUCUCUGAUGGGUGCUGGCUCCAACUUUUUACAGUCGGUCGCGGAACGUGUAGCCCAGGGUGAGCUUUGUGGUGCUGCGGCUAGGAAGUCGUUUUUGGUUUCAGCUGACAUGGCUCAUGGCGUGCACCCAAAUUAUAGUGAUAAGCACGAGCAGAAUCACCGCCCUAUCUUGGAUGGUGGACCUGUGAUCAAGCACAAUGCCAAUGCACGUUACGCUACAAGCGGCACAUCCGCUUUUUUGAUGAAGGAACUUGCUCGUCGCCAUGAUGUAGAAAUUCAAGAGUUCGUGGUGCGUCAGGACGCCGGAUGUGGAUCAACUAUUGGCCCUAUGCUAUCAACCAGAACAGGCAUUCGAACCAUCGAUGUUGGUCUAGCUCAGUUAAGCAUGCACAGCAUCCGCGAAAUGUGCGGCACCGAAGACUUGGUUAAAACGCUUGAUUGGUUUCGGGCGUUUUAUUCCGAGUUUUCCUCUCUUGACAGUUGCCUUAAGACCGACUGA